CCUACAAUAUCUCCUCCCUCACAAAAAAAAAAAAAAAAAAACACCAUUGCAGCGUAGAGAGAGAAAGAGGGUGCAAAUCACCAUUUUUAGAGAGAGAAACUUCUAGGGAAACCCAUUUAUUCGCUGAAAUACGAACUAAAGGGUUUUCCGUUUCUCUCACUCCAAAAUUCACUCUCUCUCUUUUUCUUAAUCUGUUGCCCUAAUUUACCGCUGAUCAGACUUCGAAUUUGAUCGCAUUGUGUUUCUCUGCUCAUUUUCAGACUAUCAGCCAUGGUGUUCUGGAUUUUUGGCUAUGGUUCAUUGGUGUGGAACCCAGGUUUUCAAUACGAUGAGAAAGUGAUUGGUUAUGUUAAGGACUACAAGCGAGUAUUCGAUCUUGCAUGCAUUGAUCACCGGGGUACACCUGAACACCCAGCCAGAACUUGUACAUUGGAAUACAGUGAAGGAACUUUAUGUGUAAUGGGGGCUGCUUAUUGUGUAAGAGGUGGUCCUGAAAUAGAAGCUGCUGCAAUGCAGUAUUUGGAGCGUAGGGAGUGUGAAUAUGAUCACAAGAUAACUGUGGAUUUUUACAAGGAAGGGGAGGAUCUCGAGCCUCUAGUAACUGGAGUGAUUGUCUUCAUGUCCACUCCUGAUCCAAUAUCUAAUAAAUACUAUCUGGGGCCAGCUCCACUGGAUAAGAUGGCCUGGCAAAUUGCAACUGCUAUUGGGCCAUGUGGUAACAACAGAGAGUAUCUUUUCUUGCUUGAAAAGGCCAUGCGUGAGAUUGAUCAUGAGGAUGACUACGUAAUUGAGCUAGCCAACGAGGUGAGGAAGGUACUCGACAUUGUAAAAGGAGCAACCAAAGAUACAAAACUCAUUGCAGCACCACACGUCACUAUCAAGGAUCAUAUACCAUCCCUUCAACUUCUUCCACGCCAAGAAGCUGUAGCAAUGGACUCAUAAUAACAAGACCCACAGGAAAUAAAUUGAUUGUAGGAACUAAAAGGUGCUCUUAGUCUCCUCUUACUGUAGGCAAAAAAUUACUUGAAAUCAAACCCUAACAUGGAAGAGAGAUAUAUUAGCGGCUCUGUUGCCAGUCUGUUAGAAUUGUUAGUCUUUUGCUUUGACCAGAACGAGGCGAUUAUGUACUACUGUUAGACAAUUGACAUGGAAGUAAUGUUUACCCAGAAUUUGGGCUUAUGAAUUUUACAUGAGUUUAUUACAUCAUUAGUUCAGUAACA